CUCCAGCAAAAAGAAUUAGAAGAAAGAAUUAAAAUGUCUAACGAAUGCACAGAGCUUAGUACGUAGAACCUCUUUCCACGAUACAAAUGUAAUAAUGUCAAUUCAGUGAUUAAUUGAAGGUAUUUCUGUUUGUUCUAUUAAGGCAUUUAAUGAUCAAAUUAAAAGUAGCACAUUUCGGGCCCUCAGAUAGACGACCACUAAACUUGACAAGACUAAAAUAUAUGUUAGGGAUUCACCUCAGCAUGUCCAGCAGCUGCAGAAUGACAAAAUGACAUGAAGUAGACUUGACUUUUGAAUAGGCAUGAUGAGCUUUUUCCGAGAAAGUCUGUCUCCAUCAAACUGAAACUGAAACUCCUCCCUUCUGUAUUUCAGUUUUAUAUACCAAGAGUUACUUUUUGUAAGACCCUUAUAAAGUUUUUGCAUUUUACAUCCUGCAGCUGACACCAGGCUGACUCCAGUUCUCUCUCUCUCCCCCUCUGUUGUUGCUUUGCCAAAUCAACUUCUGAGGCGAAAUCCAUCACACAGCCUUUAAUUACAUCUGAUGUGAAAAGUCCUGGUCGAUACUUUCCAGCUGGUUGUGCUAAAUAAAGAAAUCAAUAAGCUGCUGACUGUUAGAGAAAGAGGGACAAGAGGAGGAGGAGUCGGGUUGCUCCUGUGGUGACAGUCCAGACAGAACUAUGUUCAUCAAAUCUGGGGGACAAGCUGACGCCGACAUUUGACAUUUCAAAUCUAAACAUCUGAUAUUUAGAUUUGGUUUUUGCAGUUAAUUGUGAGCUAUCCAGCCUGUGACCUCUGAACCUGCAGGAUGAGUACUGUUGAGAUACCAGCCGGUUUGAAAGAGCUUCUGCAGGGGUACACAGUGGAGGUGCUUCGCCGCAGGCCACCAGACUUGGUUGAGUUUGCAGUGCAUCAUUUUACCAAAAUUCUGGAGAGCCAAAGAAAUGAUCAUAGAGCCAAAAAACACAGUGCCAAACCUGCAAAGAAAGGAGUGACCUUCGAAACAAAGUCGAAUAAGCCUAACAAGGACGAUGAAGAGGAGGAAGAAGACACUGUUGAGUCCACCACCAGUAAAUACAACCGCAGAGUUUCAGUUUGUGCAGAGGCGUAUAACCCUGAUGACGACGAGGACAACGACGCGGAGCCUCGGGUCGUGCAUCCUAAAACAGACGAGCAGCGUCGCAGACUUCAGGACGCCUGCAGAGAUAUUUUACUGUUUAAAACACUGGAGCAGGAGCAGUUCUCUGAGGUUUUGGAUGCCAUGUUCGAGGUGUUGGUCAAACCUCAGGAACACAUCAUAGACCAAGGAGAUGAUGGAGACAAUUUCUAUGUGAUAGAGAAGGGUGUGUAUGAUAUUUUUGUGCAGAAGGACGGAGUGAAUGUGUGUGUUGGGAAGUACGACAAUAAGGGCAGCUUUGGUGAGCUGGCACUCAUGUACAACACGCCGCGAGCUGCCACAAUCGUUGCAACGCAGGACGGCGCCCUGUGGGGGCUGGAUCGAGCCACAUUUCACAGACUGAUUGUGAAAAAUAACGCGAAGAAGAGGAGGAUGUACGAGGCCUUCAUCGAGUCUGUUCCUCUUCUGAGGUCUCUUGAGGUUUGUAUUAGGAACACAAAGAAAGGGAGAGUUAGUUCCCUCAUUGUGUCUUGUGUUUGUUGUGUCAUCUUGCUUCAUUUGCUCUUCAUCAAGCUCUCGGAGAGAAUGAAGAUUGUAGAUGUUUUGGGAGCCCGAGUGUUUAAAGAUGGAGGUCGCAUAAUAACACAGGGGGAGGAGGCUGACUGUUUCUACAUUGUGGAAUCAGGGGAGGUGAAAAUAAUGAUAAAAAGCAAAACAAAGGCAGGCCAGCAGGAUAACACAGAGGUUGAGGUGGCUCUGUGCUCUAGAGGGCAGUAUUUUGGAGAGCUGGCACUGGUCACCAACAAACCUCGUGCAGCAUCGGUUUAUGCUGUGGGUGAAACCAAAUGUUUAGUCAUCGACAUCCAGGCUUUUGAGCGUUUGCUGGGACCUUGUAUGGACAUCAUGAAGAGGAACAUCUCCCAGUAUGAAGACCAGCUGGUGGCACUGUUUGGCUCCAGUGUUGAUUUAAAACACUAAAAUUUGUCAUUUUAAAAUGAAGUAGUACUUAAGUCAGACGUAGUGACAGUGCAUGUAACACAAUACAGUUAUCUCCCCUUUGAAGCACAUAUAACACAGAGCCUUCUGUUUAAUAUCCUUUAAAUGUACUGCUCCUUGUACAUGUCAAAAAUAAGUUAUAAACAUUUAGGUUGUGUAUGUUUCUUGUCUGUUAUUCCUGAUAUUUACCCAAAGAGUAUCUGUAUUUAAAUAUACCUCAGUGAUAAACGAGCUUACAGCAGGUUAAGAGGACUGUGCAGAAGAUGCACAACCUAUCAUCCUGUGGGCCAGCUUGCACAGCACCGGGACCCUGAAGCUGAAGCAGCUAAGUAUUCAAAUUCAUUUUAUUUAGACCUGUGUUUUUCCUACUGUGACAUGUCCAAAUAUCCCAUCGUCCUCAACUCUUAAAUUAUGAAUCAGGAUGUGUCCGAAAGGAGUGCAGAAACAGGACACAUGAAAUGGACAGCACCAUUUAUAAUGUGAUUUUCUCACUAUGACAACUGCGUGUGUCUGCUUGUCAGAUCUGUCGCUAUCAUUACGUGGCAAUUUAUUUCACUUUUUAGCAGCGCCACUUUAACACUGUACCCCUAUAACACUGUCAGACUCACUGCGGAGAGUUUUUAGACAGUAUAUCAAACAUUAACGCAGCAGAGGCAGAGGGGUCGUCUUUUUAACUGCGUCUGUUCGUCUUCCUUGUGAAAGCCUGACACCUACAUUACCCACAAUGCAAUUACACUUCUGGCAGCCUAGUUGUAGUUUCAGGCAUGUUAUGAAAGCUACAAAGAUAAGGAGCAGGGUACAGAGGUCUAGUAAGCUCUCUUCUAACUCCACACCCUCAGAUUUUUUUUCAUUUUCAGACUUCAGACCCAACAAGCAUUCACUCAAGUGACACCACUUGAAAUUUAUCAGACUUUGCACAGCUUCCUUUGGAGCCAUUAAAGGCUUUACACAACACACAUGCAGUACCCCUUGCCAAGACGUGUAUUCACUUAUGUGUAAAAUUUGUGGAGUUCAGUUUACAAACUAAUGCCCAUCAAACUUAAAUAAAGUGGAAUUAAAUGGCAGAAAUUUAAAAACAGUUGCAACUGAGGUACUGAUUCUUUUGCCGUGUAAAUUUCCAAAUUCAGAUUUAGAAUUGUUGUUCAUACACACAAUUCAUAUUAAUUCACUGUUAUUUUACUACUACGAGUUUGACGUGGAAACUUGAAGACUCCAGUGAAGAGUACAGACUUUACAGUGAAGCAAGAGGAGUAGUCAAACUUGUGAAAUUAAAAAUAUUUUCAGAACUUUUUAAUGAGGCAGAAGGAAUAGGUGCCAUUUCAAGGACAAUAUUCUUGUAUGUCUUAAUACUUGUGGAGUACUGCACCAUUUCUCUUUUGCACUCAGUAAACACGUCAGUAACGUGCAACCCUGUUUUAAAUGGCAUACCUUGUGUAUUAAAGUGAGGGAGAUCACACAUCAGUUCUUUAAAAAGAAACAUUCUUGCCAAGUCACACACACAACAUAAAAAUAAAGGAUUAUAUCUUAAAUAUUCAAGUUUUCUGGAGUUUGUUUUAUUUGAGUUACAAAAUAUGAAGUGCCAUCAGCAGACUCCACAGAAGAGUUUGCCAACCUUCUUGUCUUAAAGUAUUUACACCAAAAAAGAAAAAAGAAAAAAAAAAAAAUCAAGGAUCCAUCUAAAUCCACUUUCUGUAUUCUUGUAUGUCCCAGAGUUCAAGUCUCUGUCAAGUUGUCCAAGUUCCAUAGUCAGAGUUUAAAUAUUUAAAAUAUUUACAAUGUCCUGUAUUCAAAACCUCCCAAAUCAAAUUGUAGCUUGUUCAAUGCAAAGGCAGGCGUAACUGCUUCAGUAGUGUGAGAAGAUGAGCAGAGCUGGUGGAAUUAAAGGAGCUUUUAAACGAAUGUGGUCCUCUACAGGGUCUCCAAAGGUUGACAUUUCUUCCUCCUCUAAAGAAAGCCAGGGGGAGGAAGUCUGUACAUAAUUAGUUAAAAUCAUAUGUUCAAAUGUCUUUUCAGCCACUGCAGUACAACAGCUUCAAUGAUCCUCUGUUGUGAAGAAAUUAAUAUGACAAUCAAUAAAAGACAGAUGAAAGAAAAAGGCCACCCAGAUAGUCACUCAUUCUUGUUCAUCAAACAUCCUCAUUUUCCCUCAGAGCAUCUCCGAACAGUAAAAUAAAAUGCCAAUAAAUAGAAAUACAGCAGAGAAAUUGUCAAAUAAGACUGAUUCUGGUUUGGUCCAUCCCUGAGUUCUUUUGAGAAGGACAAAAAUACCAGAGUGACAAAA